GAUUGCCUCGAUAUUAUACAAACGUAUAUAGUUCUAUACCUAUAUAAGGACACCCGACUGUCGAUCGUCUUCAGGUCAUUCCAAAUUUUGGCUUCGUCUCUGAUCAUCAACAGCAGGAAAUUCAUUCAGAAAAGUUGAAAAUGAUGGUUCUAAGAGUGGCAUUGGUCGCUCUGCUGUCGGCCGUCGUCUCAGUCUCGGCCCAGGUCAAUUCCUGCUACGCCGACAUCGCCAGUCCCAAUUUCUAUUUCGCCACCAAAACCUCCUACAAGUUCGUCAAAAACACAAACACUGAUCUCAUCACUUUGCCAGGUUGCGAGGCCGUUCAAAUGUGGCUCUUUUCGCGCCACGGAACGAGGUACCCGCGAAACGAUCCCGAGCCCGGAGGCGAGGACUACAGGGCCGCCCCGCAGGAGGGACGUGAAAUGGAGCUGGACGCCCUGACCCAGCAGAUGCCGAUCCUGAGAGACGCCGUCAUCCAGAAUCACGUGAGCGGCAGGGGCGAAUUGUGCGCCGAGGACCUGCAGAACCUGCGCGACUGGACCAUCGACAUCCCGCCCGAGUUGGAGGAGAAAUUGGCGCCCUCCGGCGAAGAGGAAAUGCACGACAUUGGCCAGCGCUACACGAAACGUUUGCCCGGCCUGCUCGACCGCUCCUACAAAGAUGGCGACUACACGUUUCGAUUCACGACGGCCAGCCGGGCGGAGAAGAGCUGCCAUCAUUUCGCCAAAGGCGUUUGGGGUAAUAACGAAGAGGACACGAUCGUCUAUCCGGUUCCCAUCGAAAACGACCCUCUCAUCCGGUUUUACAAGGUGUGCAGCAAGUGGUACGACGAGGUGGACAACAACACGGCAUCUCGCGUCGAGUGGCAGAAAUUCAUCGACGGUCCCGAAGUGGCCCAGACGGUGGCCGCCGUUUCCAAGCGCCUCGGCUUCUCCACCAGCACCCCCCUCUCUUACGAUCAAGUGUCUUUGACCUACACCAUGUGUCGCUACGACAAGGCCCUCUAUUACGGCCAACUGUCGCCGUGGUGCGCCGCCUUCUCCAAUUCAGACCUGUUGGUCCUCGAGUACGUCGACGACCUGCUCUACUAUUACAAGGACGGCUACGGUUACGACAUCAACUGGAUGCAGGCCUGCAAUCCGGUCGUCGACGUCGCCACUUACUUCAAUUCCAUCGUGUUGGGGGCCACCAGCAAACCGUACGGCAUCUUCUACUUUUCUCAUUCGGGCGCCAUGGCUAAAUUGCUGGCCCGUUGGGGACUCUACAAGGACGCCAUGGCCCCAACGGCUUCCAACUUCGCCUUCAUGUCGGGCCGGCAGUGGAGCACGUCGCGAAUGCAGAAUUUCGGCGUCAACAUGGUCUUCGUCCUCUUCCGCUGCGAACUCAACACCUACAAGGUCCAGCUGUACGUCAACGAGCGGCUGACGCACAUUCCCGGCUGUGCCGGCGACACUUGCCUCUUCUCCGAGUUCGCCGCCAUCGUCCAGCCCAUCAUCGAAACCUGCGACUUGGACGCCAUCUGCGAAAACCCGCCAGCCUAUUAACGAUCAAAAACUAUCAUAAACAAGAUAGGCCUAAUAUACCUAAAACGAUGUCAAUUGAAUAAUUAAUAAAUGCAUGUCACUAAAGUGAUACGACAGCGAAAGAUAUUAUAUAAUACAGUUUGAACUGCCUAAAGCUUAAUAAAUGUGAUUCCCCGCA